AUGGGCCGUGAGGGUGGAGUCUUGUCCCCGCUGCCCGGCUGCCAUGACAUUAGCUAUGCUGCUUCACGGGGCCACUCUUGGGGGCGACUCUUCUCAAGGAGGGCUGCUGGGCUGAGGCUGGUCUUCGUUCUUCUGGGUAUUCUAAUAGCAGUAAAGCCUCAAGAGGCAGAUAACCUUUCUUUACAAGACAUUGCAAAGAAACUGGAAACCCGAUUCCUUCUGCAGAAUGUGGAAGAAGCCAAGAAAUUAGUAGAUGCUGCCUAUGAAUAUACCCAGAACUGGUUAGAAGAAAAACUAAGGAAAGAGACAGUACGCCCUUCAGAUAUCCUAGUGUCUUUCAAACAACCUGUAGGAAAAACUCGGUCGCAUGUGAAAGCUGCUCAUUAUAGGCUGGUGGCCUUGGACCUCUUGAAAGAGAAGCUGCAGGAUGUAUUUCCUCAGGAAUUCAAUAUCACAGAUGUGCUCUCCCCUUCCCAGAUGCAAACUAUCUACAAAGCAAGCGGAUGUGCUUCCCAAGAGAUCAGUACACAAGAAUGUGAUGAGAAGAACCCUUACCGGACCAUUACAGGCGAAUGCAAUAACCUGUAUGAUUCUCGAAUAGAAACGGACAAUCUUUUGGUGGCCAAGACCCUAGUCUAGUUGUUUUUAAGUGCUAAGGGCUGCUAAGUGAAGAGGGUGAUAUCUUACAUUUUGGNAAAUGUCCGGGCUGUAUCCAACGACAUUGUCUUCUUUCCUAAUGUAAACCUCACGGAUGAUCCUUUCCGCUCAGUCAUGUUUAUGCAGUGGGGGCAGUUUUUCAAUCAUGAUUUGGAUUUUGGACCUUCUGUAACAGCGACCCUCACCUUCAUAAAAGGAAUAGAUUGCAUUAACAGCUGUGAGAAAGGGCCACCAUGUUUUCCAAUCCAGAUCCCACCCAAUGAUCCUUCAAAAAAGCAGUUUAAGUGCAUCCCCUUUACCCGGGCUGCUCCUGCGUGCAACGGUGGCUAUGCCAUUCGCAACCAGAUCAAUGCAAUCACAGCCUUUGUUGAUGCCAGUAUGGUAUAUGCCAGUGAAGACAAGUGGGCAAUGCAGCUAAGAAAUUUCACAAACAACCUAGGAUUGCUAGCUGUGAAUAACAAAUUCAACGAUCGAGGCCUUGCCUAUCUCCCCUUUGGUGUUCCUGAAGGCUUUCUGGAAAAUUGCAGGCUAACAAAUAAAACCCUCAACAUCCCCUGUUUUUUGGCAGGGUUGUGCAAGGCCUUUGAGAGAGGUACUUGGCCACCUGUAGAUCUGCAGAUGAAGCUCUAUGCUUUGCACCUUCUAAGUAGCUGUGGUGCCUUCUGCCCAAGCAUGAAAGAGGGCUUGCUGACUGUGAGAGAAGUUAUUUGGAUGUGGAUCUGUCAGCAAGCCACUAUGAUGAUAGCACCAGAGCUUCAGAAUGGACUUCCAAUGGACCUGAGAUUAAACUCUUCAAUGGCUGAGAGAGACUGGCUGGUCCAAAGUGACCCAUCUGGCUUCAUGCCUNUGAACCCACAAAUGAGUGGAGAAGAACUCUAUCAGGAAUCCCGGAAAAUCUUGGGAGCCAUGAUGCAGAAAAUCACCUAUACAGAAUAUAUACCUGCCCUACUGGGGGAUUCUAGGGCUCUGCGUUCCUACAGAGGCUACAAUGACUCUGUGGAUCCCCGAAUUUCUAACGUCUUUACCAAUGGUUUCCGUUUUGGACAUAAUUCAGUGCGGCCAACUGUGUCUCGCUUAGACAGCCGUUACCGAGUUGUGAGUCAAACACCCUUAGAAAAUGAGUUCUUUGCUACAUGGAGAGUUAUCCAAGAAGAUCCAAAAGGAGUAACACGCUCCGGGUUCCAUCCCACAGGAGAAUUUCAUCUGACCCAGAAACAGAGACAUUUGUGCCAUUGUGCCCAUCUUCUGGAACAAGAUCAGAUAGUAGUAGAGGCUCUGCGAGACCGACUCUUCCAACAAGUUGAAAAAUUAGGAUUGGAUCUGCCAGCGUUGAACAUGCAGCGUGGCCGAGAUCACGGUCUAGCAGGUUAUAAUUCCUGGAGACAAUUCUGUGGCCUCUCACAACCUCGCAAUGAAAAUGAUCUGGCCCGGGUCCUCCAGAAUUCUCAGCUGGCCAAGAAGUUCAUUCGGCAUUACGGGACGCCCAGGAACAUCGACCUCUGGAUUGGGGGAGUGGCUGAGCCCCUCAUCCGGAAUGGCAGAGUUGGGCCUCUGCUGGCAUGUAUCUUUCGGAAACAGUUCCAAAACCUUCGUGAUGGGGACAGGUUCUGGUGGGAGAACCGUGGAGUGUUCACCUCAGCCCAGCGACAGGCUCUUGCUGCAGCGUCAUUGCCACGCAUCAUCUGUGACAAUACCUACAUCCGCGAGGUACCUCGGUUCGUUUUCCGAGCCAAUCAGUAUCCACGUAAUUUUGUCAACUGCAAUGCCAUCCCAAGGCUCAGCCUCUUUCCAUGGAAAAAGACUCCUGAAUAGAUCAGUGAAGGAUUUAUCCUUUUUGUAAGAGGGGCCGGAUGUCAACGCUGCUAACAU